CUUUGACACAUUCAACAUCUCGCUUAUUUGAGAGUYUGUGUGCAGAAAUUGAAGUUUUUUCGACGUACUUUUCGAAGCAUUCAGACAGGUGCAAUAUUCGGUUGCCAUCUUUGAAACGAAUAGGCAAUUAUUCAAAUAGGUAGACGUUUUCACGUUAACUGUGACGGUAAAUGCGCGCCAAAUUCAUYAUUUUACCGAUUCAAAAUCGUCAUGGUUUGCACAUUUGAAUCUUUGGAUGAACAUAUCUURAUCUGUUCGAAUAGRUAGUAWUUUUYUUUCAAAAAUAUGAAUUUUAAGACCUGUCGCCUCGGUGAUUAGAUUUCAUCUUUGGCCAAACAUCGGCGGAAGUGUGGUUGUACUCCUACGAUUAGGAAUUAAGGCGCCCUGAAUCAUUUUAUUAUAUGGAUGGAAAACAGCUAAUUCAUCGAAAGGAUGUUUAACAAGGAAUGGWGGAUUAAAAGUACAAGAUAAAGAAAAUGCCCUUUCUAUUCUGCAUUGCUAUCCUUUUUAUCACUACAGUUAAUCGUUCUUCUGGUCAAAAAUGUACACUCAAAACUACUUUUAAUCCUCAUAAAGUAAAAUCAGGCAACACAAUAUCUUUAAUUUGCCAAGCAACCAUGGGAAAGAMAGCUGAUCAGUUGAUAUGGYUCAAAGACCACAAAAAAAUAUMCCAUAAUAACUAUAUAACGAACUUGACGUCAUCAACCUUAAACCUGAUAAAUGUCACAUUAAAGGAUUCUGGGAAAUAUGAAUGCCGAAUAAAGGAGAAYGUUAUCUGCUCACGUGACCUUCAAGUAUACGCUCCUCCAAAGGCAUCCAUCUGUACUGCACGCAGUCCAGUUAAGUUUAUUUCAACGARACAKACUCUUUCUUGCUGCGCCACCGGUUACCCAACGCCUGCACUGAUUUGGGUUUUUAAGAAUAGGAUAAUUGACAAUGAAAGAGGUGAUUGGUUCCAUACCUAUAGCGAKGSCGUUGAKACUAAGAKAUUAGWUAUAGUGGGUGCAGCUGCCCUUUCUGGAACAUAUUCAUGCGUUGCCAAAAAUUCAGAAGGCCAAGACAGAAUUGAUACUCUAGUCAAAUUUGAAGUAUUUCAUGCACCAGUUUUUGAAAUGCGAUCCAAGAUAUAUGUUGCCAGAAUCAACCAAACUUUAACUUUACAAUGCUUGGUAAAGAAUGUUUACCUGAAAAGCAUGUAUAGGCUGAAUUGGUAUCACAACACGACCGAUGGACCAGUAGACCUGCCAAACCACAAAACAAUUUUCUUGAAAGAAAAACGCGGUAUCAUGAAAUCAAAUGUGACCAUUGCGAAUAUAACCAGAGCUGAUGCUGGUUUCUACUUUUGCAAAGUGAAAAGGAAAACAACUGAAGAAGAAUACCAACUAAAACAUACGCUUGUUGUUGCACAACCAGGUUUGCCAUCCGUCACACUCAAUCGCUACCAGUUUUUCAAAGCAGAAGGAGAAAGAGUAACUUUAGUUUGUAAGGGCCAUUAUUCAAGAUACGACAUGGAAGACAGGGCGCAGCUGUUUUGGAUCAAGGACGGCUUAACUCUUGGUUCCGAGUCUAAAUAUAGUAUAUCAAGCAAUGAAUUAAUCACGGGCAACGCACAACAAGUAGAAAGUAGACUUACAAUCAAAAAACUAGUGGCURAUGACGCAGGUAAUUAUACUUGUGCCACAAUGUCUGCAGUGAAGAACACGUCAGUGUCUGGAUAUGUCUCCAUUGAUUCCCCUCGUCAAGUGAAAGAUCAUUUUUCAUCCUUGGAAGUUUCCAUGUUGGUUGUCGCUAUCUGUUUACUGGCUGGCCUUGCUACUGGUGUAUUAUUGCGUUAUAUGAAGAGAAAGAAAAGCCUUCGUCGUCAUUCAAAAGGUUAUGGAAACUACUUGUAUGAGACUUUUCUGACGUACAGCACUAAAGACUAUGACUGGAUUAAAAGCAAACUAAUUCCUCUACUAGAAAAAUACCUGGUCAAGUAUUGCAUACCACACAGGGAUUUUGAACCAGGAAAAGCGUUGAUAGAGAACAUUACUGACAGCAUUUAUCAAAGUCGGACAGUGAUAGCAGUGAUAUCGAAAAACUACAUGUCAAGCAAGAAGUGCCAGGAUGAACUUGACGUUGCUCUUUAUCGAGUCGCAGAAAGAAAUGAAAAUUCUCUUAUUGUUAUUCGAGUAGAUUCUAUUGAAAAGAGUCAACUCCCAAAAGCAUUAAGGAAUCGAACAUUUCUUGACUACAUGGAUAAAGAAGAGAAGAGGCAUUGGGAAAGAAGAUUAYUAAAACAGUUAUUUAGAGAACAUGAAACAAGUCACCUAGUUGAAACGUCAUAGCUGCCCACAAUAUUCAGUACUAUAUACCACUUCUAAUAGCACUUAACKAAAGUUGGAGUGAAAACCAUGACUUAAAUUGCAAAACCAAAUCUAACACUCGUUUGAUAGCCUAAUAGACACAAAGCGACUUUUCGUCUAAGGUGCAUUAGUUUAACWUCUGUUUCAAAGUUUUAGGAAAGCACUCUAUCACAACAUGAUACAAAAUUAGUACAAAAUUAAGUAUAUAUUUGAAAAGGAAAUUUUCUAAUGUUUCAGUGAUGAGAAUAUUUUGAUUUAAUUGAAUAUAUAUUUCAGAGUUAUUUUUUACAAUUAUUAUUUUAUCAGAAAACUUUUCUACAAAAAAAGAUGACGCAGUGUAAUAAUA